UGUUUGGUGUAAUAACUCUGCUGUGACGAGAAGCUUUGGACACAAGUCACACAACUGCUCUCCAUCUCCACUGUGAAAGAGUGAAGUUCAGAUGUUGUUACUGAGCCGACAGCAGCGCCAAGGUGUUCUGGUUCACCUGCACAAUGUUGCUAAAAAGAGAUGUGAAACAACUACAAAGAGUUGCACGAACGACUGCAAACAUGUGCAAUGACUACGUUUUCAUUAUUGAUUAACCUCCAGUUUGUUUGUUUGUUUGUUUGCUUUUAGAUUAUUUUCUAGUAUCGGUGAAUUGUUUCGUCAGUAAAUUGAGGCACUGUCAUGCUAACAAAGUCGAUCAGGUUGGGUACGUUUGACAAACAGCGAUUAUAAUUUGAUAGCAUGUUGAACAACAAGACUAUCCAGCUGUGUUUUUGACCCCAAAUCAGUUUGGAGCUUUUCACCAACAGAUGAUCGUCCAUGUGUGCUGUCUGCUCAGCCCGGGAUGUGAGAGGAUCUCUGAUAGCCCACAGAGGAAGCUCAGACAGGCAGGAUGGGCUGCUGCAGCUUGUGUGUUACAGUCGCCACCCUGUGCCUGUUUGGGAAGCCCUUUGAUGGCGGGAAGAGGAUGGACCAUGGCGGCCAGCAGCAGCAGCAGCAACAUCCAAUGGAGCAGCAUCAGCAGCAGCCGUAUUAUCCCCAGCACCCUGCCAUGAUGCGGUUGUACGAGGUCCAGAAGGAGGUGGCAUCUCUGGGGCCUCAGGUCUGCACCUUCAGCGGCCUGCAAAACGACCGCGACUACAAGCGUCUGGAGCGUGAACUGACACGGCUGCUGCUGGACGUGGACCAGGUGGACACGGAGGGCAAACCGGAGCUGCAGGGGGCGCGAAAGAGAGCAGCGCAAGAGGUGGAGGGCCUCCUACGCUACCUGGAGGAGAACGUCACUCAUCCGUCCCGCCUGGCCAUUGAGGAGCUGAGCAACGAGGCACGGCGGCUGGUGGACGAACGCGUGGUGGCGCCUCAACGCGCCGGCGGGGUCGCAGAAAUAAACGACGAGCUGGUGGAUGCCCUGCAGGAGCUCGUGCUGAGGCUCACCCAAGUCAAGACGGAAGGGAGGGUGCCGCUCCGCAAGGCGCGCUACCGGGCGCUGACACGCCUGUGCGCCGUGCAGGACGUGAUCGAAGGGCGCACGCAGCAGCAGACCCUCUCCCUGCCGCUGUCGGGGGACACCCACGAGGCCGUGAACUGCAUCAACCAGGUGAUGGUGAAGGUGAGCGUGGCGCGCAGUCAACUGGUGGCUCUGCUGAUGGGUCUGAGUGGGAGGGACAGCUGCGCCCACCUGUCACGAAUCCUGACAGAGAUGCAGGUAGAGCUGGACGCUCUGGAUGUUUCCGGGAACGCGGCAAUCAGAAAUUACCGGAAACAGGUGGUGGAGGAGAUAAACGGGCUGCUGAAACAUCUGGACCUUGAGGGGGAGGGAGACGACACGCGCAGGUACGACCUGGCGCAGAACAACUCCAUCCGUGAGAUCGAGGCGGUGAGAGCUCACGUGUCCCACCUGCGAGAGGGCGUCCUGCGGCACUGCGUGAUGGGGGAUCUGAGCUUCAGGCCCAAAGCCGAGCUGCAGAGCCUCCUCACUCAACUGGACCAGGUAGACACGGCCAAGAACCCGUGCAUCAGAGAGGCCCGUCGUCGUGCCGUGGUGGAGGUCCAAGCCAUCAUCACUUUCCUGGACCUCCGCGAGGCUCUGGCCCGCCGCCAGCCAGGCCCCAAUGAGCACCCUUCGCACCGGGCCGUGUGGCUGGUCCUGGGGAGCCUGUCGGACCUCCAGGCUCAGGUGCUGGGCUUCGACGGCAAGCGGGCUGACAAGAGCUACAUGAUGCUGGAGGAGCUGCUGACCAAACAGCUGCUGACGCUGGACGCCGUGGACCCACAGGGGGACGAGACAACCAAGAUGGCGCGGAAGCAGGCGGUGAAGUUCGCCCAGAACAUUCUCAACUACCUGGACAUGAAGACAGACGAGUGGGAGUACUGAUUGGUUGAGAGACACGACGCACAGUGUGGUUGACGUGUUGCAGGCGGGGACACUGGAUGGACGUCGCUGCGGGAACGAAAGGAGCUGAUGAUGUGUGUACAUUUAAAAACCUGGUGCGUUAUCAUUCUAUGGGCUGUAAAUAUCGACUCGAAUCCCCAGAAUGCACCUCAGCAGCGCUUUUCUUUUGUCUCUUUGUGGUAGUUGUGGUCGGCCCUGCUGAGAAAACACAGAACUCCUUUUGUGAAACACACUUUGAAAAAUCUUUUUCUUUUUUUGUGCUUUUUGAAGAUUUUAUUUUUAACCCUCCCUUGACGUUUGUGUGUGUGUGUGUGCGUGUGCGUGUGUAUGAGUUGUCGUCUGUUGUUGUCAUACCUGGUGUGUGGUUGUUGAAGCCUGCUGCCAAAGCACUAAACAAAGCCUGUUCCGGUGGUCGUAUCCUCCCGACUGCACUUGAUGUCGAUGAAUUGCAGAGCGUGAUGGAUCGCUUAGCGGUGGCUUCCCGUCUGGCCUGAUUGGAAAUGGAGACAGCCAAUGCAUGUGUUAAAUACAGUGACCUAAUUAGUGAGAGUCAUCCACUGCUGCUGUUAGAGUCUAGAAACUCGGUCUAGAUUGAGAUACAUGUUGGUGCUGUGCCAAUUUAAAACGUCCAAAUUUAUCAGAAACUUUCAAAUGACGGGUGAAAUUUUCUUGCAUUUCACUGUAGUAUUGAAAUCGGUCUGACUCUGGCUGGCAGACUGCUGUGAACAUCUGUUCUGUUUUCAGAUAACUUAAUCUGCAGUGAAAUGUGCUUGUCCACAAUUGAGAGAUAAUUCGGGGCAUUUUAGCAGCGGAGGUGAAACAUUCUGAGGCUGUUUUCACCAACAUCAAGCUGGUGUCGAAGCCAGGCAGUCUGUGUUUAAACAGAGCCGCUAUUAGAGGGAGAACAGUGAGAGUUUGCAUUAUUGAUGUAAGGUCACCGUGCACUCCUGCGUGACCCUGUUUAUCCCCUCAGCAUUUGGUCCGUGUCUCUGGUUGCAGUCCAGUUCGCACGACUCGGGCAGACCACAGCUGUGGUGGGCAGCCGGUCAGACGAUGAAAGAAAAGAGGGAAGCGCCGUUACAGCUUCGAUUCAGAGGCAUCGAUUAAGCAGCAAACUAAAAAUCCUUGUGGAGACGUUAUCUUGUGGGCCAGCCGUGAACAGGAUGUUUAACAGAAAGCAGGAUGUUUGAAAAGAUAAAAGCACCUUUCCCCCUCGCUGCUUGUGUUAGCCGUUAGUGUGUGAAGCGCUUCAGAUGUUUGUUGUGACUCUGUAUGAGGCUAAAAAUGGAUCAGGUUUGAAUUCAGAGAUGGAGGAGGCGAAAUUUUGCUGCUGCUGCUGCUUUAGGUUUUUGUUUCUACCCGCUGCUUUCUCCUGGUGGAGACUGUGAGAGAUCCCUGGGGAGAGGAAGAGGAAGGGAGGCGGCGAGAUCCACCGGAUUGACACAUCAAGGCUGAAGCUCGCAGGGCCAGCAGUCGCGUCCUGUGCGGGAGCGAGGACUGAUGGUGAUCGCAGGCGACAGACGGAGCCUUCGAGAAAGUUCUCAAAGCUGCUGCUCGCGACAGCAGGAGGGAGGGAAAGGACUGGAAGAGAAGUCCGAAUCUCUGUGCCUUUAUUUUCACCCUUCCCUUUGAACCGGCUUCGUGACAAAAGCAGCCUGAGUAAGGAGCAAGUAGCCGCUCAUGUUGAUACGCAUCAGAAGCACCUUGGCCGCUAUCGCCACAAGAAAUUUGCACUACCCGUCAGAAAUUGAGGCUUUUUUCCCCAAUUGAUAUUCACUCUCUGAUUAAGACUAAAGGUGGUGGCGUUCCGGUGAUUCGUGGUGACGCAGUCUGACGGCGCUCCGUGCAGCAGGCCGUAAAAUGAGUCACAUUGAAUCACAUUGUGCUUUCACGCUGCAAACAGCCUCGCUAAGGAGGCCGCUCUUCAUCAGGCAACGGUCGCCCCAAAUCGACUGGCAAAACAGAAUAAUGAGCCCAUUAAAUUACUUCACAGCAUUCAGCUGACCUAAAAAAAAGGCGCAUGAACCUUUCUCGGAGUGAUGUUUUUCAAAAAGACGGUUGAUUUUUGCAGGAGAUUCUGAAUUUCAGAGCUCGUUGUUCGCUUUGGACAGCUGACAGACCCGUCACACGUCGUUCAGUCGCUGUUCGUGAUCCUUCUCAGCACACGCAGUUUGCCCAGUCGUCAUUCAAACUGGGGCAGUUUGGAGAAUCAAAAAUACAUAUUGUCCUUCAUAGUGCUGUUUAGCCGUCUGGAUUGUUUUGGCCAAAAAAUUACAUUUGAAUUAAAGUUAAAAACUCCACAUCACCAUCUUGAAGAGACGCCUUCUCCAAUUGGUUGCCUUAAAUGAGCAUCUGAUGUCGCAGGGAACGAGAGCAGCUUUGGAUUGAUCUGAUUGACAGUAAAGUUUCUCUCACCUCAGUGUGGAUGGUCUUCCUCUGACUUCCUGGUUGUUCGCCGUCUGAACGCCAGCUAAACGUUUGGUCUCAAUUAGCUUCCCAAAUUACUCAAAAGUAACCAAAGCAACGCUGUGAGGUUUUGUUGCUCAUCCCGGCUGCUCUGAAGGCUGUCCUGUGUAUCACUGCUUUUCUGAAAUCACAAAAACAUGUUCCAGUGAACUCCCACAGACCCUUUUUAUGUGCAUUAAGCCACUGUUGGAAGCAGGCCUGCCGCUCGGCCUCCUGGGUACGGCGCUGACUCACACGGGAGAGAAUCUGAUUAAACAUUGCUCAUUAAAUAUCAUCAGCCCGCCUGCCUGGCUGCUGUAGCUGCAACAGAUGCUUUCUCACAGCGAACCUUAUGCUCUCUCAGACCAAACCAACCCGAACACACCUUAAGUUCGCACGCUCCUUUUUUGUAUGCAGUAAUAUAUAAAAGUUGUACAUUUACUCUGUACAUUGCUUCUUAUUUAAACAUUCAUUUGAAUUACUUAUCAAAGGUUUUACACUAAGAAAUCUUACUCUUACGUGUCAUCAGUGUCUCGAAGCCCUGUGUCUUUUUUAUUCAGUAUUAAUGGCGCUUCGAUGAGCGGGCGUCAUGGCAACCACACACCUUUAUACUCCGUGAUUCGUAAGUACAAACUUAAAGGAGGAUGAGAGUGCACUAAAGCAUCAUUUUCUAAACGUUUUACUGAAGUGAAGGUUUUUGCCAGCAGGAUGGAGAAAGAAAAUCUUGUUCCCUGCUAUACGUCUGAAUCCUGGUCCCAAACAGGUUUACAAACCAGUUUCACUUCUGAAUUUGUAAGAACUGGAGAUCAUAAGAGUUUUUUUAUGCUUUUCUUGUUGUAGCUGCAUGUGUUUACACAAGAAAAAACAAUGGAUUUUAGAGGUUUAAAAGAAGGCUAACAUAUUUCUACAUUUUGUCCCUGCAUGAGUGUGUAAGUUUGUCAGAUGGCUGGUUUCUGCUGAGGCCUAUGAAAAGUCACAAGCCAACAUUUUAAAGGAAAAAGCAGUUGAAAGAUUUUUUUUCUUAAUUUUUCUCAGUAAAUCCUGUGAAAAGACCAAAACCAAGAACGUGUCUCUCAGAUGCAGAAACGGGCAGCAAAUAUUUACUUUUCUGUAAAAAUUUUCUGUAAUUUCCAAAAGCAGGUGGGCACUGGAGUGCAUUUGUCUGGGAGUAUUUUCGGCUGUAGAUUAAUCUACCUUUGCUGCUCUUUAUGGGCAUUUUGUGCGUCAGGACAGUUCAGGUGUGUCUGAACAGUCCUUGGCCAACAAUGGAGCUCCGUGAUGAUCUGCUACAGGUAAAUCAUCCUUUCAUACACAGAUCAUCCGUGUUUGGAGGAGAUAUUCACGGUUGUUUUCGGUAUUUUCACGGGAUUUGUUGAUGGAUUUGUUUUCUGAGAAAGAUAUCAGUUGUUCAUUAAACUGACUGAACACACAUUUGAAUCAGCACUUAAAGAAAGAUUUGAAAGAUUGAAAGAAUUUGGCCGUCCACUUCGUCCUGCCCGUAUUCACGGUCGUCUCCACCCGGACGCUCCGUAUUCCCCAACGCACAGCCGCACCGCUAAAAGCAGCUCGGGGUCGUCUCGAGUAUCUGAACUCGGUGGCACUGGAGUCCAUUAGACUUUAACAGAUUCGGAUCCAGUGGGUAUUGAAGGGUAGCGGUCUGGUUUGUGAGUGAGUGACUGGCACAUUUAGAGGUCUAAAGUUUUCAUUUUUCCCGCCCUCGACUGAAUGUAGUCACCAAGGAAUGUUUUGCGUUUGGUUUUUUUGUUGUUGUACCAAAGUUGAUUUGAAAUGACCCUGAGAUCUCGCGGGUCAACAUGAUGGUUACGGAGGCCUGAGGUUGACCUGACGUUUAAAGAUGAGCGGUCGGUUGCACCAGCUGACCGUUAAGUUCGAUCGGAGGUUUGAGUCAAACACUGACGGUUUCAACGUGAAACUCUGCACUUUGUUCAUUUUCACCUUCUGUACUUCUGCUACAGCCUGACUGCCUGAAGAUAAACGUUUGGCCUCAUGCAAGAACGUUGUCUUAUUCUGAAUCAGACGUAGAUCGAUCGAUCGGUUUGGCCCCGACAGGACGAUAACGAUGACUGUGCAUCCUCUCAACUGAAGUCGCUGACUCUGACCGACACAAUUCUGUCAUGGUUAGUUUGAUCAGUUCUAGAUUUAUUCAUCAAAAAUCAUUGAUUUCCACAUUUUUGGAGGUUGAUAUCGGCCGAUUGAUCAGCUAUUGGCUUCCUUCAUGUAAAGUAUAAUGUUUUUAAAUUGGCCUUUGAUAAUCCACUGUCAGGUAGCUUCAUAUUCAGCAUACAGACGUGAGUGGUAUCAACCUUCUCAUCAAGAGAAGAAAGUGAAACAACACUGAAGCGAAGCUGCAUUUGAUCUUACAGGUCAGCUGGUGCAACGUCUCGAUCGUACGACGCAGGACCAAAGUUAUCGUUUAAAUGUGGUGAUAAAUAAAAGACAGGAUGUUAGAAAGCAAGGAUGAUCCCCCUCAUGAGGGGAAAAAAUAAUUUCAUUCAAAUGCACUUUUUUAUAUUCUUUAGUCACUGUUUGUUAUUGCUGCUUCGCCUUCCUUUAUGCAAACGACAGGAAUGUGAUUGAAAAGUUAUUGCAUCUCUCUUUUUUUCCCCCAAAUAUGUUUUCUUAUAAGUCGCCUUUAACUGCAUUGAUUGUGACAGGCUUUUGCUGUUUCUCCUGCGAGACGCGCUUGUACAAAAAGCACACUGAGACUGGAAAAAAACAAACAAACAAGCUGUGUGAAUGCUCCAUGGAUGGUUGUGUUUUCAAUUUGUAUCCCCACUGCAAAAUAAAGACAAUGUGUGUUGAUCAGCGUUA